UCUGUCCUUAUCACACUCGUCUAAAGAAACGCGUCACCAAACUGGAUGGCACGUCUCAAGUCGUGAAUCGAAUUCCAACCAGAGAGAAGCCUUGUUGGUGUUCAUUAUGAUUGGACGUAAAUAUCUUCCCCAAAUCCUCAUCAAAGCUCAUCGGGUCGGGGCACGGUCAUACUCUUCCGGUGACUCUCGAUUCUCCAAGAUGUCUCCCGCUUGGCUUCAAGCCAUUCUCGGCCCCGCUACCAAACAAGAUGCACCCAAGAUGUAUGCAUGGACCCUGGACAAUCUGGAAGAUCGCACACCGUCCCCUAGCCCGCCGACCAGUCGUCCCGACCAUCAUGACAACUCACAACGGCGGGUCUACAUUCUCGGGGUCGGAAACCUUGGUAGUCUUUUCGCUACCUCGCUUGCCUCCUUGCCAGAACCCCCGCCGGUGACCCUGGUUCUCCACCGGAAGGACCUCUUGCUGUCAUGGAGGGAAAACCCGGGUAUCGAAAUCACCCGACGUGGCUCCGCCUACACACACCUUAACUUUGACGUUGAACUGUGGUCCGAAGAACCACCACGCAUUGGCCAAGCAAGGGAAGUUACUGAAGGCCGAGGAAUACACAACCUGAUCGUAGCGACGAAGGCAUCCCAGGCCCUGCCGGAGGUCGAUCGAGUUCGUCGCUAUCUCGAUGAAAACUCUACGAUAGCUUUCGCUCAAAACGGCAUGUGUAAACUUUGGCCGCCGCAUGGGAAAACAUACACGGAGUAUCGUUUCCGGGAUGGAUCACACCCCAACUGGCUGGCGUGUGUCACCACCCAUGGCGUGACCUCUUUGGGCCGGUUCAAGAGUGUUCAUGCAUCAGAGGCAGAUAUCAAAAUCGGCCCUGUCUACCUCAAUAAGUCCGCUGGCAAGUCGUCUGUCCUAUCAGACCUGCUUUCCCAGGCUCCGAAUCUCAAUGGACGGAGCGUUGCACAAGAUGAACUUUGGGUUUUACAACUGGAGAAGCUCGUCGUCAACUCGGUCAUCAAUCCGCUGACAGCCAUUCUCCGGUGCAAAAACGGCGAACUAUUCAGCGAAACAGAAGGUAGUCUCGCUGAACUCAUAGACGUCCUGUUGCUAGAGGCUAGCAACGUUCUUCGAGCUUUGAUAAAAGACCAGAGCACCGACGCGAUCCUACAACCAGCACCCAGGGAAGCUAAAUCGACGACGAAUGCAGACGGGGACCGCAACUUAUUGGACCAACGACUUGGCUUAUUGGAUCGCUUCUCUCAAUCCCGGCUCAAGGAGAUGCUGUAUGAUAUUGGGUACAAGGUCAGGGAAAACACCAGCUCAAUGCUUCAAGAUGUCAGGGCUGGCAAACAGACCGAGAUCAACGAGUUCAACGGCUGGCUUGUCGAGACGGCGGGUUACCUCGACGACAACUUGGACACUACCCAUCACCAAAUCUUGGUCGAUCUGGUGCGAAACAACUAUCUCCUGGAUAGAGAAUCACUCGUGAACCAUUUCCCCUGCCUGAGAGACUCCAAGCUUGCAGCUGCUCGAAGUCACUAGCGAACUACCAGCCCAUAGAUACUCGCACUAUUCCCCUAUCUGGACACCAUUGGCACACUCCCUGGGCUGCUGUUACUCGCAACUCAGUCUCUUGGGAAUCGAAGCCGAUCUUACUGAAGACGCUCGUGGCCCAGGGAAACCUAAGGGGAUCUGGUACAAGCAUGCCCGUCCCCUACGAACGGACAGGUAGAUCGCGAACCCGUCAGCAGCAUGCUUCCGGAAGACGACCGCCGUUUUCUCUGCUGGGAUUUUGCUAUUGUUCCUCUUGCCAGCCCUGGUUUUCUCUAUCAGAAGGAUUCUAUAAUGUAGUCUGCACAGGGUCUCGCAUGCGCCCUUAUUCGAGCCGCCAGCCACGCUGUAAGACCUUCUGCUUGUCGUACUGUUCGACAAGUUGACGUGGCCGUAUAUCGCCCCCCAGUAUUCUUGUCUGCAGAUUCUUUUGGGAGCGGAUUCAGUCUGGCACAUCAUGCUGUUUUACUCAAGAAGGCAGCCCUUAUUUGUCACGUUCGCUUGCUUGCCGCCCCUUAAAAGACGUAAAUAUAGCCCUUAAUGCCGGCGUAAUAUAAUACUACAUCGGCAUUAUGUAUCGCGACAGGGUAAUGAGGAACUUGUGGACGUGUCAUGUCAUGGGAGGACCCAAUCCGAAUGCAUUUCCCAAGGGGACUCUCAUACUCUGUGCACUUCAAGAUUCUCACCCGCCGCUUACUCAAUACCGACGACACGAUCGAGGACGAAUGCGAAAAGUUUCCGAGAAAGAUACGCCCACGCCCUCCAACGGUUCAGGGCAAAACAAGUUUUCCAUUCAUGGUGAAGCCAUGAGCACCUACGCGAGGUCCCUAGCAUCGCCGAGGAUGCGAGGAUGACAUCAACGCCCCUCACAGAAGUCUAUACGUUAUGGUUUUCGCAUGUGUUAUCAAUAAUUAGCCAUUCAUAACCAGCAAUUCAACGGACUCCCAAUCAU